GCUCCUCGCUCUAUUUCUGACCACGUGAUUGUCUAAAUAAUUCAUGCAGCACAUCCCCUAGAAACACGGCGUCGUCAUUAAUCGCGAGGACUCUAUCAGACUUGAAAACUGAAAAGAUCCCAAGAAAAUAAUAUCCAAACGCUCCGAUACUCAACGCAUCUGAAGCCAGCACUUUAACACAGCAUCUGAGCCAAUGGAAGCUUGGUCAUGGUGGAUUGAAUGAUGAGCACGUGAAGAAAAACACAACACUGAUCUGCAUAAAAUACGGUGAAAGAAUACUGAGGCGGUGGGAAACUCCAAUCACGUGAUAGAAGAACACCCAUACCAUUGGAUAGGGCUGCAUUGGCCUUCUUGUUUUGAAUCCUCACAAUGCAGAAAGCUACUUUCUACGAUAAUUCUGGAGUCUUUGGAAGCUACUCUUACCCCAAAUCCGAGUCAUAUAGUUAUGGCCCCAGUCACCAGCCCUACUCCACUUCUAACCUUCAGAGUGAUUAUCAGGGUCCAGUUUGUCCAAUACAAACCCCAACUGUACGGCCACCAACUCAUAAAGACAAUACCAUGAAUGGAAACUGCACGAGAUCCAGUAGCAGCCAAGGAAACAGCCAACUGCCGAGUAUUCGUGAACAGCCGCAAGCGCCUCCAUUGUCGGCCUCUUCGCCUAACUCCAGCAACACUUCAUCUCAGAAGAAGAAAUCUCCCUCAAACAAUGAUUCUAAUACUGCCACCCCAGUCACUAACAAACAAAUAUUCCCAUGGAUGAAGGAGACGCGAUCCAACGCCAAACUGAAAAGCAACAGCAGCAACAACAAUUGCUCAACCGCAGAAGGUGAGUCCUGCGAUGAAAAAAGCCCACCUGGUCCAGCCUCCAAACGGGUCCGAACUGCUUACACCAGUGCACAACUUGUAGAACUUGAGAAGGAGUUCCAUUUCAACCGGUACCUGUGUCGUCCCCGAAGAGUGGAGAUGGCUAAUUUAUUGAAUCUCACUGAGCGCCAAAUAAAGAUCUGGUUUCAAAACAGAAGGAUGAAGUACAAAAAGGAUCAGAAGGCUAAGGGGAUAAUGCACUCUCCCAUCGGACACUCGCCGGACAGAAGCCCACCAUUAAGUGGCCCAAAUCACAUCGGAUAUUCUGUCAACGUAAACUGUCUCAGCUAUGACGCACCGUCGCCCCCUUCAUUCGCCAAACCCCAGCAAAACAUGUACGGCUUGGCAGCUUACACGGCACCAUUAGGUGGCUGUAUACCGCAACAGAAAAGGUAUCCGGGCUCCGAAUACGAGCACCACAGCAUGCAAGGCAAUGGUGGCUUUGCCAACGCUAAUUUGCAAGGCAGUCCGGUGUACGUUGGGGGAAAUUUCGUUGAUUCCAUGCCAGCCUCGGGUCCCAUGUUCAACCUCGGCCAUCUACCCCAUCCCUCAUCCGCCAGCGUGGACUACAGCUGUGCCGCUCAGAUUCCAGGCAACCACCACCAUGGACCCUGUGAUCCCCAUCCCACAUAUACAGACCUCAGCUCUCACCAUGCGUCUCAGGGAAGGAUUCAGGAAGCGCCUAAACUAACGCAUUUGUAAAAUGUGAGGAUUUUGUCUGUGCCCAAAUUCUGUUAGGCUCUUUUAUUAUCUCAGUAGUCUCAAGUCAUUUAUAUGAUUACACUAAAAGUGAGUCAUGUAUUACCAGUGUUAUUAUUGAUAUUACUAUUCAUGCUAUUGUGUAAUAAUUACUUUCUAAGAAUAUGUCUGGGCCAUUUUUCUUGACUGUUGAGGAUGCGCAGGAGAGACCGUUUGUCUGUUGAGGAUGCGCAGGAGAGACCGUUUGUCUGUUGAGGAUGCGCAGGAGAGACCGUUUGUCUGUUGAGGAUGCGCAGGAGAGACCGUUUGUCUGUUGAGGAUGCGCAGGAGAGACCGUUUGUCUGUUGUUCGUUUUCUGAAGUGCAAUGCGCAGUAUUGGGGACGGAAAACGUCAUUAACAUUACUUGAAGGUAAGUCCUGUAGAUCUGACAGUAGUUACCCAUCUUUAUAGGGAUGGGUUUUUAUUAAAAAAAAAAAAGCUCCAAGGUGUCUGUUUGCUAUAUUUGAAGCGUCUUAUUUAUUUUUCCAAGAUUGUAUUGCAUUUAUCUAAUUUUCUGUAUGUAUUAUUUAAGGUUUUUGUAUUACACAUUAUUUAUAAUUUACAUGUAUUACUAUUUAUAUGGACAUCUAGAAUUUAUGCAACAUCGUUGGACAGACUUUGACAUCAUGGCCAUUCAAUAGGUACACGGGUUUUUGGUGAAUGCUUGUUUUAAAAUAUGCCUUCAGAGGCUGGUGGUCUUAGGUUUGUUGUAGAAGGAACUCCUACGUGUAAAUCUGGGAAUAUUGGGGAUUUUUUUACGUGUCUCUAUGAAAAACAAAGUUAGGCUACAUGUAGCUCUAUCAAAAUACCGAAUAUACAUUUACAUUUAAGUCAUUUAGCAGACGCUCUUAUCCAGAGCGACUUACAAAUUGGGUAUUACAGAAAUGAAUCACACCAGUAUGUCAUUUGUUGUCAUUGCCAAUUUUCAUAUCAGGUCAUUGUCAUUUCAUCAGUUGGACUGUCCAUGCAUACAUUUAUGAAACGCUAAUGAUAUGAAAAUGUUAUAUUUUAAUGUGUUUAACAUUUUGUAAAUAAAGUGCUUACAUUUA